CUGUUGGCUAUUGCUGCCGUCGCAAUGGCUUCCCCGCUUUCUGCUGAGGAUGGAGAAAUUUUCGAGCGUCUCCAGCAAACCGCCGAUCCAAAGGUAUUAGAAGAGCAGCAGCAGGCUGUCAAUGAACGCCUCCACGCAAUCUACCAGAAGGCGCAAGACCGUCUUGGAGAGCUGAUUGACCAAAACUCCACUUUACCUUGUGUCAUUUCGUCUGUCCAGGUUCUGAACGCAAAGAAUACGCGCAGGGGCUUUCUUGAACAAAUUCUCAACCCAUUGCUGAGCCAGCACCGAAAACAGACGUAUACCCUGUCCGAAGCUUUACGAGAAAUAUCGGUCCGUGCGGACAAGCUCAACAGGUUUGACAUAUUUCAGCAGCCUGUUUCUGUGUAUCUGGACCAGACUCCAGCCUCCGAAACGCAAACAGGCCUCACAAAUAUCAGUGUAUACUAUUCCGUGAAGGAGAAAUCCCGUGUCCUGCUCAAGACCGGAACUGACCUCGGCAACGCGGAAGGCUCAGCCUAUGGUAACCUCUUAUGGCGCAAUGUAUUUGGCGGCGCUGAGAACCUGAAUUUCAAUGCUUCAUUGGGCACAAGAACGCGAUCUGCUUACCAGGCCGCGUUUGACACACCCAUUUUCAGUGAUCCGGACUUUCGCCUAGAGCUUGGUGGAAUCGCCAGCUCGACACAGAAGACUUGGGCAAGCCACGAAGAGGUGUUGAAGGGCGGCUGGAGUAAACUUCGGUGGUUGAGUCGGUCAGGCCAACGCCACGAAAUUGGCUACAGUGGCUUCUGGAGACAGGUGACCGGCCUAGCGGACAAUGCAUCCCCUACCGUUCGAGCAAAUGCAGGCGACAGCGUCAAGAGCAGUGUUUUCCAUAGCUGGACCACAGAUCGCCGGGACAACCCUUUUUUGCCCUCACGAGGUUACUACGCCAAGGCAUUCAACGAGCUGGCUGGCUGGGGUCCGCUUAAAGGCGACGUCGCGUUCUGGAAGUCCGAGAUUGAAACACAAAGUGCUAUUCCUAUCCCAAUCCCUGGAGUUAAAGGAGACAGUGGCGUAAGCUUUACUACUGGUUUCCGUGCUGGCCUGCUCUAUCCUCUUAGUCUUGACUCGGAUUCCCGGCCACGCUUGUCUCGCCUCAAUGACCGUUUCCAGCUAGGCGGUCCUACAGAUGUUCGCGGGUUCCGUCUCUCUGGCCUCGGGCCUCGCGAUGGAACUGAUGCAGUUGGAGGCGAUGUUUAUGCUGCAGGAAGCGCCAACCUUCUUUUCCCAGUUCCACGAGUAGGCGCUGAGAAGCCUCUCCGGCUUCAAGCGUUUGUGAACGGUGGGCGGUUACUGCCUCUGAGAAACGCGCAAAAGGCGGCUCCUUCCAGCAGCAGCGAAGUGAAAGACGCUAUGAAAUUCACCUUGUCUGAAAUUGGCAACGGCCUGCCGAGCAUUGCAGCUGGUGUUGGACUUGUGUACGCCCAUCCAGCUGCUAGAUUCGAGCUCAACAUCUCCCUUCCGUUGGUUUUGCGUAAGGGUGAGGAAGGCAGAAAGGGGCUGCAACUCGGAAUUGGUAUAAACUUUCUGUAAAACAUAUUCUCUGAGCAUCACCUUGAAAUAGAAUUGUUGUACUUG